UCAAUUCAAAUUAGCUUACCCCCUUCUCUCUCUCUCACACACACACAACACAUCUUAUCUCCACUUGUAUACAUGUAUGGUGAAGUUAGAGGCAAUGUCCGGCGUUCCUCUCUUCAACCUCGCUCCUAACCUCACCGUUUCCAGGCUCUGCUUAGGUUACCUUUCCAACCCAUUCAAUUCAAUUCAAUUCAACGCUUCAUUUCACUCACACACCACACACCACACACCACACACCACACUUGUGGCAGGAACCAUGACUUUCGGCGAGCAGAACACGCUCGCCGAGUCCUUUCGCCUUCUCGACCACGCCUUCCACGCCGGCAUCAACUUCUUCGACUCCGCCGAAAUGUAUCCCGUCCCUCAGCGCGCUCCCACGUGCGGCGCCAGCGAGGAGUACCUCGCCCGUUGGAUUGCGCAGCGAAAUAUCCCAAGGGACCGCCUCGUAAUCGCCACUAAGGUUGCUGGACCUUCCGCCCAGAUGACUUGGAUUCGAGGAGGUCCUACAUGUUUGGAUGCUGCUAAUAUCACUCAAGCCAUUGAUAAUAGUUUGUUGCGGAUGCAAAUGGAUUACAUUGAUCUUUAUCAAAUUCAUUGGCCUGAUCGAUAUGUUCCGAUGUUUGGAGAAACUGAGUAUGACCCAGUCCGACAAUACUCUUCUAUUAGUAUUGAAGAACAACUUGAAGCUCUCAGCACAGCUGUGAAAGCUGGGAAGAUCAGAUACAUUGGUCUUAGUAAUGAAACACCAUAUGGCUUGAUGAAGUUUAUUCACAUUGCUGAAAAGUAUGCUUCACACCUGAAGAUAGUGUCUCUGCAGAAUUCAUAUAGCCUGCUGUGCAGAACUUUUGAUUCUGCAAUGGCUGAAUGCUGCCAUCAGGAGAGUAUUAGCUUUUUGGCCUACAGCCCCCUGGCAAUGGGUAUACUCUCAGGGAAAUAUUUUUCAGCAGAUGGUGGUCCAACAAAUGCUCGUUUAAAUCUUUUUAAAGGCAAGUAUUCAGAAGGAGAAUCUAGAUACAACUUGUCCAACAAAGUCAUAAAGGCAGCUACCAUGGAAUACCUAAAUAUUGCAAAAACAUAUGGUCUUCAUCCUGUAUCUCUGGCUAUAGCCUUUGUUUUGCGACACCCCCUUGUUGCUAGUGUUAUUUUUGGAGUUACCAAAUCAUGGCAGCUUCAGGAGGUUCUAAAUGCAUGCAAGAUCGAGCUCACAUCGGAAGUAAUUGAAGAAAUUAACAAGGUUCAUUCAAGGUUUCCAAAUCCAUGCCCCUGAUGGAUGCAAAUAAUUAACUAUGAUGUGUCUAUCUAUAUUUUCCAGGGAUUAACUCUUUUCCACAAAUAGUAAUGGUUUUGAGCUUAGGGUGAAUAAUUGUCCCGUUACAAAAAACAUCAAACAGGUAGUUUGGUUUGCAGUCCGCUGAUAACUGAUUAAAUUGAAUACUGUUGAAGCUUAAUAAGAUGAAAUCAUGAUGAUU